GGGGGUCGUUGGAAUAAUUUGCCACUGGUGGUUAAUUUUCUUCGCAGACACGUGACACUAGCCUAGCCAUGAAUAACUUCCGGUAUCCUACGACAUAGAAUAAAUUUCCAUUAUGGCUGGCGGUUGAGUGUGUAGAAAAGAAAUUCAGGCGUGUUUGUGAACGACUUUGAGGCACUCCUUGCUAGGAGAAAUCCUCACCAAUGGCAUUGAUAUAUCUACUAUCAAUUGUUCUCUUCUGGAGUCCUCGGAUCUAUAGUAUGACCAAGAACGAACGGGCUGAGAUGAGAGAAACAGUGAAAGACAUGUUUCACCAUGCCUAUGACUCAUACAUGACACAUGCCUAUCCAGCAGAUGAAUUAAUGCCAUUGAAUUGCAAAGGUCGUUACAGAGAUACUGAACCUUCGCGGGGUGAUGUAGAUGAUAUAUUAGGGAAUUUUUCUAUGACUUUGAUAGACUCAUUGGAUAGUUUAGUUAUUUUUGGAGAGGUUUUUAAAUUUGAGGAAGCUGUCAAAUUAGUAAUUGAUGAAGUUGUUUUUGACAGUGACAUUGUGGUAUCAACGUUUGAAACAAAUAUUCGUGUCCUCGGGGGUCUACUUGGAGGGCAUGUUGCAGCAGAUGUCUUAAAAAAUGAAGGUUUAGCCAUGGAUUGGUAUGACGAUGAGCUACUGGAUAUGGCAAAGGAUAUUGGAGAGAGAUUAAUGCCAGCAUUUAACACAACCACUGGUAUUCCAUAUCCCAAGGUGAAUUUAAAGUAUGGUGUAGCUGAUCCCAGAUCAAGGACUGGGACAGAAUCUGCAACCUGUACAGCUUGUGCUGGAACAAUGAUAAUGGAGUUUGGUGCUUUAAGUCGUUUGACUGGAGAUCCAAAGUUUGAGGCUGUUGCUCAUAAGGCAAUGAAAGCCCUAUGGACAUAUCGCAGUAGAUCCAGUGAUCUCGUUGGCACAGUUAUCAACAUACACAAUGGAGAGUGGGUUAGACGAGAUAGCGGAGUUGGUGCUGGCAUUGACUCUUACUAUGAGUACUGUCUUAAAGCUUACAUUCUCCUUGGGGAGGAAGAUUACCUACAAAGAUUUAAUCAGCAUUACAAGGCGGUGAUGCGUUAUAUCAACAGAGAUUCAUUUUUCCUUAAUGUGCACAUGAACAAUCCAAGCAAACGUUCAGUUGCGUACAUGGAUUCUUUGCAGGCAUUUUGGCCUGGUUUACAGGUGUUGAAGGGAGAUAUAAAGUCUGCCAUAGAACUUCAUGAAGUGUUUUACAGUGUUGCAAAAAGACACACCUUUUUACCAGAGGCAUUCACAACAAACUUUGAAGUUCACUGGGGUCAACAUUUCUUGCGUCCAGAGCUGGUUGAAAGCACAUACUUCCUGCACGAGGCAACGAAAGAUCCCUAUUAUUUAGAAGUCGGCAAAUAUAUCGUGGGAAAUUUAAAUAAAUAUACUAGGGUUCCCUGUGGUUUUGCUGCCGUGAAAGACGUACGGAUAAUGAGUCAUGAAAACAGAAUGGAUUCCUUCCUACUAUCUGAAACUCUGAAGUAUUUGUACUUAUUGUUCACUGAUAAAGAAGAUUUGUUGAUUAAUUUACACGACUUUGUAUUCACGACAGAGGCUCACAUACUGCCUCUUGCCUUGUCAAACUGGAACGGUUCCUCUAGCCAGACGAAUGUUUAUGAAAGUGAUAAUCUGCAUGAUCACUCGUGUCCAAGGACUGCUAGAGAUGGCAGUAUGAUGUCGUUUGCUGAGAAGAUACGAAGAAAGAGCCGUCAAUCAAAAACUGACGGCAGCUGUCCAAAAACAAAAGAAAAACAGUCUUUUGUUAAGAGUAAAAGCUCCGCCCCUCUACUCCGAGCUGAGCAGUUCAUCCCGGGAAAUAAAGAUCACCUGCUGAUAUUGAAGGCUAUGGGGAUAUCUGUGACAAAAACCGACGAUGGAAAAGUACAGCUAAUGCAAGAUGCAAACUCGGCUGACAACGCUGAGAUGGCGGGCGAAGGUGUAACAUUCAUGCAGUCCAUGAUAGAAUUGGCGAAGUUCCGUAGCAACGAUGCAGAGUACCUUCCACGUGUCGUUCAAAUACUCUCAGCUCCCUACAAUGGCAACAUAGUUCUGAAUGCUGGACCAGCUCAGUUCGGUAUAGACCUGGGGAAGACAGGGAUGGGAGUUAGUGCCGAGGUCAUCCUGGCGGAUCCGUUUAAAGGAUGUACUGAGUUGAAUAAUAAAGUAGCUGUUGAUCAUAGGAUAGUAGUUAUGGAAAGAGGAGAGUGUAUGUUUAUAGACAAGGUACGAGUAGCUGAGAGCCUCGGUGCAGUUGGCACUAUUAUAAUAGACAACAAUGAAGGAAGUUCAAGCGAGAGCCAGCCGAUGUUUGCAAUGAGCGGAGAUGGAAGCAGUGGAAAUAUUAAUAUCCCUGCUGUAUUUCUAUUCCAUAGCGAAGGCCAGGUCUUACAAAAAUCGAUGCAGAUUGUUAGUAUAAAUAGCGGAGAGAAUCUCCGAGUUCGCCUCGCAGAUAAGGCUUUGAAAAAAGAUGCAAAUAAAGAGGGAACGGUAACCUCCUCUCGUCCCGCUCAAAAUAUAGAACCCGAAGUAAAAACGGAAUCAACGUCUCAUUUUCAAGAGGAAAAACAUGAAAAGGGUUCAGGGAAACUAGAGAGUCUUGAACACGAUGUAAACAAACUUAUCGAGGUUAUGAAAAAGGUCGUAAAGCAACCGGGAUUUGAAUUCCUUACUGGUCAGUCAGCAUCCCUGAAGAUGGGGGAUAUCAAUACCGCUGACAAACGUGAACGUUUACUCUAUGACGCCAUGAUGGAAAACUGGCAGGAAAAGGGGCGAGCGGGGGAGACGCAAAGUGGGGGUUUGGAUGAAGUUGUGGUGAAGCUUAAAGGUGGGCUUUUUGCUAUUAAAGCAAAGAAGGCGGAUGGGAAUAAGAUGGAGUGCAGGUCAAUUCCUGAAGACACUAAAGAAAGCUGCAAAUCACCUAAAAUAAGAGAGGAAUUUCUAAAGACUGUAGCGAGACGUGGUGAUGAUAGUGAGAUUAUUGUCGUAGGCAGCGUGGACGAUGAAAAAUUGUCUGGUGAGGAAAGCAACUCGCGCAUGGAUAUUGUCGAAAAAAUGGUUCGCCUUGAUGGGUCUUUGAGCGACCCAUCGGACGAUUACUUACAUACCACAGAAACAAACAGCAGGUUUGUUGAGAAAACAAUAGAAGUACCGGAUAACACUAAAGUACCCAAGCGUAAGCCGAAAAUGAUUCGUGCUGCUGACGGUGACACUGUCGUUUUUACGGAUUGUGAUCCUGAUGAAACUCCCGUUGGAGUUAAUGAAGGUGAAAACAUCCUUCAAGUUAAUAUUGAUAAUACAGGCCAUAGUGAACCUGAGAACAGCGAAAACAACGAGCAUGUUCUAGUACCUAAAUCUGUCAGCGUCGAUGAUGCUACAGAUGGAAAGACUAAAGAAAUUAAAACACUCACAGGUGAGGAUGCUGCUCAUGAAAGGACGUUUGAUCAAGAAGAAUCGACUCAUGAUACCAAUAAAGUAGAAAUAGAGUCGGCAGAGGGUGAAGAUAGUGACAGGCAUAGGGCAGGAGACAACGUUAGCGACGAAGAAAGCCAUGUGAGAGAUACUGAUGACGAGGGAAAACAGGUAACAGAAGGAGAAAAAGAGAGAGAAAGUGAUACUUUAGCUAUGAAUACAGGCAAAGAUUUUGAGGUGAACUCUGUGAAGGCAGGUGGCCAAGAAAAACAGGGUUUUACCCAAGAUACUUUUGAGGAAGUAUUUUCACCAAAUCUUGAUGAGAGGACUAGAAUCGUAGAAGAAAAUAGUAAAGUUAACCACGAUAGCGCAAUAGACCUCAAUAUUGAAAAUCAUUCAGACAAUUCAGAGUCGGUGGAAAUAAACGCGGACAACAAACAUAUUGCCGGUGAACCACCAGAGGAAUAAUAUAUUAAUACGUUAUUUACGAUG